CACCACCAAAUAUCGGUAAAAUGUGGUAAGUCACACGAUUUUCAUUGUUGGAAAUUGAAAGUGGCUGGCAAUAUACAAAUUAUAAACUAUAAUUGUAAAGUAAUGAGAAACACCGUUUAAAAUGAGCAAAAAAUUGAAAGAUCACUAUGGCACCCUUGGAGUUAACCGGAAAGCCACUCAAGAACAAAUUAAACCAGCUUAUAUUAAGCUUAUGAAGCGUUACCAUCCAGACAAGAAUCCAGGGCAAACUAAGCAUGGACUUGACUAUUGUCAGUCGAUAAAUAUAGCAUACACAGUACUUUCGGAUCCAGAUCAGCGCAGAGAAUAUGAUCGCAUAAGUAAGGCGAAUGAAAGUCCAAAAAGAAGUCAAAGCCAGUCACACGGUCGAUGGUACAACAGAAGCUACAAAAAACGAUAUACGAAUUGGUACACUGCUCGUGGAUAUAAACAGAGCAAUGAGCAUCAAAACAGCGAGACCAAAACAGAAUCCGCUAAAUGCGAGAGCACCACACCACGACCACCACACUCUAUUAUUCGAACUUUUCGCACCAGUCCGACAAAAUGGACACGAUCAGAUUGUUUAACUGUAGUCUCCAUUGUUGGGGGAUCUAUUUUGCUAGGGUUCGCAGCCUACAAGACGUUUCAACUUGGAAAAGCGUUAAGUAAGCGAGCUUUCCAGAGCGCCUCACUAAUGGGCGUAGACUACAUGGUACCAAAAAAUGCCGAUGCAAUUGGAGUGCAGUGGACAGCAGCUGUUGAGAAGCUCUCAACACAAGUGAAAGACCCAUUAACGUUGUCGUCAACAGUUUUCUCUGAAAGCACAGCGAAGAUAUCAACACUUACCUAUCCGUCGAAUUAUUGGGAGUGGAUAGCAAAAUUAUCAGGCGUAGAAUUGCGAAUAUUGUCAAAGCAAAUUGUGGAUUCUGAAGCGAUCGCCUCAGCUAUCAACACAGCUGCAAAAUCUGAAGCGUCUACGUUAAUUGACUCGCCUGUCAGCACUGUUGCUGGCUCGACUAUGAGAGCUCUAUCGAAAGCCUGGACGUGGACAGCGGGAUCGGCAGGCACAGCUUGGAAGUGGACCGCGACCAAGUUGUCAUCGCAAAGUGGUGACCCAGAGGCAUCCUCUUCGGUUUCUACUUCUGUCAGCACUGUUGCAGGCUCGACUAUGGGAGCCUUAUCGAAAGCUUGGACAUGGUCAGCGGGAUCGGCAGGCACAGCUUGGAAAUGGACCGCGAGCAAGUUGUCAUCGCAAAGCGGGGAAUCAGAAGCAUCCUCGACAAUGUCUUCAUCUGUCAGCACUGUUGCAGGCUCGUCUAUGGGAGCCUUAACAAAGGCCUGGACAUGGACAGCAGGAUCGACAGGCACAGCUUGGAAGUGGAUCGCAAGCAAGUUGUCAUCGCAAAGUUGUGAUUCAGAGGCAUCCUCUUCGAUUUCUACUUCUGUCAGCUCUAUUACAGGCUCGUCUAUGGGAGCCUUAUCGAAAGCUUGGACAUGGUCAGCGGGAUCGGCAGGUACAGCUUGGAAAUGGACCGUGAGCAAGUUGUCAUCAGAGAGUGAGACCUCAGAAUCAUCCUCGACAAUGGCUUGGAAGUGGAUCGCAAGCAAGUUGUCAUCGCAAAGUUGUGAUUCAGAGGCAUCCUCUUCGAUUUCUACUUCUGUCAGCUCUAUUGCAGGCUCGUCUAUGGGAGCUGUGUCGAAAGCUUGCACGUGGACAGCAGGAUCAGCAUGCACAGCUUGGCAGUGGACUGCUAGAAAACUGUCAUCACCAAUUGCAGAUUCAUCAUCUAAUUCGCCAGACCCCCAAUCAGCGAGCUCCGUAUCGGCUUCUUCGCUGAGCGUUAUGUCAAAAGCUUGGAAGUGGGCUACGGGCUCGGCUGUUGCGGACACCGCAUCAUCCCCACCGGGGAGUGUAACUUCAGCAUCAGUUGGAGCACUUUCAAAAGCUUGGCAAUGGACCGCAGGCAAGCUUUCUUCUCAAGGUGCCGAUACUACAUCUUCAGCCGAGUCCUCAUCUGUUAACGCCUUGUCAAAAAUCUGGAAGUGGGCUUCAGGACAGGGGUAACAAAUGUGGGGACGUCCAUUUAUAAAAAAAAUAUAUCUAUAUUGACCAAAUGUAUACAUUUAAAUAAAAAUAAUAAAUAACAUCCAAAAAGCUGCCCAUA